AUGGCUUCAAAAUCCUUGGCGCUGUGGCUGCUUCUCGUCGGUGCAGUGUUGUCACAGGGCCACUGUCAGCACUGGUCAUAUGGACUCCACCCGGGAGGGAAGAGGGACGUGGACAGCCUUUCAGACACACCGGGCAAUAUAAUUGAGGGGUUUGCACACUUGGACACACCUUGCAGUGUUUUUGGUUGUGCAGAGGAAUCACCUUUAGCCAAAAUCUACGGAACAAAGGGAUUUCUUGGCAGUGUCAGCGUCAGAGAAAACGGACGAGGAACGUACAAAAAAUGA